UAUCCUAUUUUCCCCACACCCACCCUGUUAACACUGUCACAGUGGAGGUUACGUUUCUAAUACAUGGACUUUGUGGGGCACGAUUCAAUCCAUAGCUCCUACUAACAAUCCCAAAUCUAUACGUUAUGUACAAUCAGUAGAAAAACUGAUGUAAUGAUUGGGGGGGCUGUCCUGUAAUCUCCGCAUUGAUUCUCUCCCUUUUGCGUGAUUACAAAAUGCUGUAUUCUGCGGACCUCCUUUGAUGCAUAUUCCAAGACAACUUGGCUGUGUGUCUUCAGGGACUGCAUUUCCUCAUAUGAGUAUACACACAAACAAACUCCUUGCUGUAUACUUUUGGCCUCACCAUCUUUUUUUAGGUCAACAGUGUGAAUGCAUUCAGAGCCUCCAAGAACUCUCCGUUCGCCAGUCUCACAUUUUCCUGUUGUUUUAAAACACCCAUCACCCCUUCACUCAAAGUUGCUGUCCAAGGAAGGCUUUUGGAUUUAGGACCCCUACUAGGGCAGAGGUUAUUUAUUUAAUUAAUAAAAUUAAGCGGCUUAAAAGGUAUCUCCUACUUCGUUGUUUUGCCUAGGGAACGCCCUAUCAUGUGACGUUAUUUGUCUGAUUGAGUUAUGCGUUUGCUCUUAGCUGAUGCGAUUAUCCCAUGAUAAAAGCUCGGUCUGAGUCUGGCCGGUUACUCAGUCAGUCCGAGCGCGGGGCUGACAACAGUGAGGUCGAGCAUCGGUCCGGCACCAGCCAGCUGCCAAAGGACAGAACACUUGGUCUGCUCAGAGCAGAACCGAAUUGGCCUCGUGUUCCCGGAACUACAAGUCCCAGAAGGCCUUGCAGCCCGGGCGCCCGCGCGUCGCGAGCCGCUUCCUUUCCGCCGCCGGUCGCCAGAAAAGACCCGCCCCGCUCUGCUGUCGCUCGCGCUGGAAGAAGCGGAAGAAGAUGGCGCUCACCAGCUUUUUACCUGCACCUACUCAGCUAUCUCAGGACCAGCUUGAGGCUGAAGAAAAGGCAAGAUCUCAGAGAUCACGGCAGACCUCACUGGUCUCAUCCCGAAGAGAACCUCCCCCAUACGGGUACCGGAAAGGCUGGAUACCUAGGUUAUUAGAGGAUUUUGGAGAUGGAGGUGCUUUUCCAGAGAUCCAUGUGGCCCAGUAUCCCCUGGAUAUGGGACGAAAGAAAAAAAUGUCGAAUGCACUGGCCAUUCAGGUGGAUCCUGAAGGGAAAAUUAAAUAUGAUGCAAUUGCUCGACAAGGACAGUCGAAAGACAAGGUCAUUUAUAGCAAAUACACUGACCUGGUUCCAAAGGAGGUUAUGAAUGCAGAUGAUCCAGACCUGCAAAGACCUGAUGAUGAAGCUAUUAAAGAGAUAACAGAGAAGACAAGAGUAGCCUUAGAAAAAUCCGUAUCACAGAAGGUUGCUGCAGCCAUGCCAGUUCGAGCAGCUGAUAAACUAGCUCCUGCUCAGUAUAUCCGAUACACACCAUCUCAGCAAGGAGUGGCUUUCAACUCUGGAGCUAAGCAGAGGGUUAUUCGGAUGGUAGAAAUGCAGAAAGAUCCAAUGGAGCCUCCGAGGUUUAAGAUUAAUAAGAAAAUUCCCCGCGGUCCACCUUCUCCUCCUGCACCUGUCAUGCAUUCUCCUAGCAGAAAGAUGACUGUAAAGGAACAACAGGAGUGGAAGAUUCCCCCUUGUAUUUCUAACUGGAAAAAUGCAAAGGGUUAUACAAUUCCACUGGACAAACGUCUGGCUGCUGAUGGAAGAGGACUACAGACAGUACACAUUAAUGAAAAUUUUGCCAAACUGGCUGAAGCCCUAUACAUUGCCGAUCGAAAGGCUCGUGAAGCUGUGGAAAUGCGUGCUCAAGUAGAAAGAAAGAUGGCUCAAAAAGAAAAGGAGAAACAUGAAGAGAAACUUAGAGAAAUGGCCCAGAAAGCCAGGGAGAGGAGAGCUGGGAUCAAAACCCAUGUGGAAAAAGAGGAUGGGGAGGCACGUGAGCGGGAUGAAAUUCGGCAUGAUAGGCGAAAAGAAAGACAGCAUGACCGGAAUCUUUCCAGGGCAGCUCCUGAUAAGAGGUCAAAACUACAGAGAAAUGAAAAUCGAGAUAUCAGUGAAGUCAUUGCUCUUGGUGUGCCUAAUCCUCGGACCUCCAAUGAAGUUCAAUAUGAUCAAAGGCUCUUCGACCAAUCCAAGGGUAUGGACAGUGGAUUUGCAGGUGGAGAAGAUGAAAUUUAUAAUGUUUAUGAUCAAGCCUGGAGAGGUGGUAAAGAUAUGGCCCAGAGUAUUUACAGGCCCAGUAAAAAUCUGGACAAGGACAUGUACGGUGAUGACCUAGAAGCCAGAAUAAAGACCAACAGAUUUGUUCCUGACAAGGAGUUUUCUGGUUCAGACCGUAGGCAGAGAGGCCGAGAAGGACCAGUUCAAUUUGAGGAAGAUCCUUUUGGUUUGGACAAGUUUUUGGAAGAAGCCAAACAGCACGGUGGCUCUAAAAGACCCUCAGAUAGCAGCCGCCCCAAGGAACAUGAGCAUGAAAGCAAAAAGAGGAGAAAGGAAUAGAUACACAUCUCUUCAAAGUAAAUGAACUAUUAUCCAGAACCCAAAUGAUGCAAGUCAUAAGGGGGAACACUUUGUAAAUGUUCAGGAUGAAACCAAAUCUGCAUGCCAGAUUCCAGUGCUACUUUUUAUUAUGGGAGAAAGGGGGGAUAGAAAAUUCUACUUGGAAUUAUUUAGUUUUUUUAAAGAGUGGGUUGUUUGUGCUUCUUCUGCCUUUUGACAUUUAUAGAACAUACUGCCCCACACACGAAAUUAAGACCACUUCCUUUUGUGUGACACUAGUAGUUUGGGGUUGAUAUUUUAAGAACUGCUUAUGAAUAAAGUCACACCACAAUGAGUAGGAACAUGUUCACAUAUUGGAAGUGUCCUGCCAAGUGAAUUUUACCCCCAUUGAGCUCUGUUUUAAUUUGGAGUGGGGAAAGUAAGCUCUUGCUUGGUGCAACUAUUUGUUUCAAAUAAAAACAUUUAGACAAAA